AUGCUGCAGGAACAUUUCCUUCCCACGGAACCCCUCUCAGACUGGCUGGUCGGGGAUUGUAGCGAUUCAGUUACCCGGACGGAUACACUACGAAAUAGUGUCGCAAGUCCGCAUAUUGUUUCAGAUCGGCUUGAAGAGCUCGAGCUCUGGACUACCAAGAAGUGUGUCGCAGAGGCGGUUCAACCUUACAAGCCUCAUGCUACUCAUUGCUUGAAUGUGGAAAAAAACGAAGUACUCACCAUUCUUUGCCUGCUCAGUGGUGGAUGGACCCUGUGCGCCAACAGCAAAGGCGAUAUUGGUUAUAUUUCCUCGUUCUUAGUUCCACACGGGUUUCAGAACAGCUCAGGCUUUCUACAAGCUUAUGUACGCACAGUCGCUUUACUGAAAGAGGACUACAGUGGGUCGAGAUUCUCCGGUAAAGCUGACGAUGCUGUUGUGAUUCUGGUAACCGGGAAAAAAUGGAGUCUCGUUCGGGCGCUACAGAAUCCCUACCGGUACGGGCACGUCUCCACCCGAGUGCUGCGACUAGGGAAAACAUGACUUGCCGAACGUGAACACAUUUGGGAAGACUUGGCGAGAAAGAACGGACAAAACGCCGUGUAUCCGCUCAGGUUACCUUUCUCAAGGCUCAUUUGAGCCUUCGUGAGCUCGACAUCCUUUCACUGUCGGCAGUGUUGGAUCGACAGGCCGAGCAUUUUCGCUGUAAGCUGUCAUCCUUCAUAGAAAAUCAGUCUCAACUACGUUAGAGCGAAGAUCAUGUUGGUACUGUCACGCUGCUGCGAAAAGUUGAUAGAACUAGUUCUGCCGUGUUCUUGGGACCAACAUCACUCAUUUCUGACAGACUGUACCUAACUCAAAACCCCUUGCAGAGUUCUCUGCGGUUAUGGUUACGAACUCUAGUCCAGGAACGUAAUACAUUGGUUCCUUUCAUACUGUUGCCACACAA